CCGGUAGAGAGGCUUUAAGGUUAGAAAAAGGGGCAAAAAGGAGCGGAGAACGGGGUAAGGUUCGAAAAAACAGAGUCUAAAUGCAGAUUCGGGUCAAAUGCAGUUGCGGUGAAAACUGCCCAGAAUGGGCGAUUGUGGAGCUUCAAGGUGUUAUUGAAGCCCAACCCGCUUUUGCCGAUCGCCUUCAGAAUCUUCAAAUCGGCGUGCUCUGCCGGCCGUCUUCUCAGGAGAUUUAUACAUUUACUGUUGGGUACCAUGAGCUAACAGGGAAUAGAAUAACCUUGAAGAAACCUAUGCUAAUACUGAAGAAAAAGAAGCUUUUGAAGGAGGAAAAUACUGAGAACAACUCGGCUAAUGUGGAAUUGGAUGUAAUCGGUAUUAUUCGACAGAAAAUUCUCUUCAAAACCAGACCAAGGGCUCUUAUAUCCAAAUCACAACCACCUGUGAAGGCAAAGCUAAUUGAAGCCAAGUCAUUAGAGUGAAUGAGACUGAAAUUUUGUGGAUUUGGUUUGUGUAAAGAGCUUAGAUUGGUUUAAAACAAAUCUCUCUGUGAAGAAAAAUGAACGCUCUCAUAUUUGAAACAUUCUGACUUCAAGCAAAUACUCAUCUGCAGCCUCUUAGUUGCAUGCCACCUAAUAGUAAUUUAUAAAAGUGACUUUGAACCGAGCUUUAGUUUUCAAUAAGGACGUUGAAGGUAAGAUAGAAAGGGUUUUUCUGAAGCCCAUAACUGGUCGCGUCUGAACUGCAAUAUCAGCGGACGCCGUAACAAUCUGUUGCUGACCCCCGUAACUUCGGGAGAAGGGGUGCUCUCCUAUCUUUUGAUUAGGAAAGGGAUGUGAAGCUGUUCAUGUUCAGCUCGGAGGUAGACUAAAGAAGAAUGCGGUGCAUACACCGAGCUAAGCAAUGGGUGCCGGAGCUGCUACAAUUGCUUCAGCGGACCUAGGAGAUUAGCUGACGGUGAUUGGAAUCCGAUCUGAAACGCUCCAAUAAAAAAUGGUGAAGAAGGCAAAGGUUGGCAUUGGGAGUAUUGGAAAGCCGUGCCCGGAAAAAGGGAUAUAAGGGCAAGGCUUACGUAUACUGAGGUGCUCCCCGCCGGUUGUUGGAACGACGCGACGUCUGAACAACGGGGUCGAAAGCCUCUGUGAAAUAUUCCCCAAGUUCACCUAUACGAGAGUUAGGAAUAAAAACCAACAAUAAACUUACCUCCUUUGUUUCGAACUUCGUGAAGAACUCUAUUCUAUCUCUCCCUCGUUACGAACAAAAAAGUGGGGCUGCGCCCCAGUUAUACACUCUUAUUUUACACGAUCCAGGAACCCCAGAAUGAGGGGGUUGAUCUCGUAGUUCUUGGUCUGUGAAGAUGCGUUGUUAGGUGCUCUUUUCCCAUUGAAACCAAAUAUAAACCUGUGCUCGAGAGAUAGCUGUCCAGACACUGAUAAGGUAUAUAAGGAUUCUCGAGGUCCUAUGCAUAGUCAGUACUAUACUAUCCAUAUCCAGACCAAACAUUCAAAAUUCCAUGGCAUUUUCACUUGAUUUUAGAAGAAUCCCCCACCCGAACCAUUCUUAAGACCACCAAGCUCUCUCGAAUUAGUUCUACUCUUUCUGCUUUCGAGAUACACCAGGGGCGCUAGACAGAAUGCCUUAUAGAACGAGAGUGAAGAAAGAAGACUCAACCUAGUGCAAAGCUGGACGGCUGGAGGAAGAAGAGUCGACUCGAGCUAAAGCGCGCAAUGGCUCUUUCUCUGAUAGAGGCUCGCUUCUUCAAGUUCCGCGUGAAUCCUGUUUUGAUUUGAUAAAAAGAAAUCCGAUCUUGAUAAGCCUCCUCACCCGAAUAGUCCGAGGCUAAAAACCAAGCCCUUCAUAUGGUCCAGCCCGAUGGGGGGGAGUCAGUUGGCCACUCGUGUUAUUUUGGAUAGCAAGCACUUUGUGAAGGAGUGGCCGUUUAGAAUGUUUGAUGCGUUGCAAAGAUUCAGACUUGGCCUGAAUAUCAUCAUGAACUUGCAUUCCAGAUUUCCGGAUUACAUAACCGGAAACAUUUUGUACAUUUGCUUUCUAUUAAUACUUGACAUGUUGAGUUACAUUGUUUGUGCUAGAUGGUUUGUUUUUGAAGAAUAUUUAAAUUGAAAGUCACGGUGUAAAAUGAAUAACAGGACGGGUGCCCAAGUUCAGG